AUGUACAGUGCCGAUAUUAUUAACACCAUUACAAAUUGUCGUCAUCAUCUGUACGCUGAUGACCUGCAGGUGUACCUCCCUUUUGCACCGGCUGAUUGUACCAGUGCUGUAGCUAAGGUGAACGAGGACCUGGAUAGCAUCUCUGCCUGGUGCAGUUCAAACUAUUUGACAAUUAACCCCAAGAAGUUCCAAUUCACGAUCAUGGGUUCGCCCAAGAAUAUCGCUAAACUCAAAGAUAUAACUUUAAAUAUUCAUAUAAAUGGAGAACCUAUUACAAGGGUUGAUACAGUCAGAAAUCUAGGUCUUGUCGUCGAUUGCAACUUAUAA